AUGUCACGCAGCGUCAUUGAAUUUACUAAUUGUUAUAUUGUUUUCUUGCAUAAAAUAUUUAAAUUUGAAUAAAUUAUACAUGUAAUAUAAUGGCGAACAAGAUAAAACCGAGUGCCAUGAAUAUCUGUAGAGUCUGUUUAAGUGAAUCUUCUGAUAUGACGUCUUUAUUUAUGAAAUUAUGUGAUGAUCGAACUAUAAUGGAGGUACUUAAUUUUGUGACAAAUAUUGAUGUUAAAAUGUGCAAUAGACUUCCCAAACAGGUAUGUAGUGAAUGUAAAGAGAAACUAUUCAAAGCUGAUGAGUUCAAGCGUCGCUGCAUCGAAUCUGAAAACAUUUUGAACGACAUUUUUACCUCCUACAAAAGUGAAUUGGACAAGACGUUAACACCUAAAAACGCAGUGAUUAAAGAAGAAAUACCAUUAGAGACCUUCGAUAUAGUAGUACAGGAGCCUUUGCAAUCAAGUCUAAUAGUAAAUAAUGAGAAGGAAUUUAAAAAUGAUUUAAUUUUCAAUGAAGUGUCAGAGUACAAAAAGGUAAAUGUUAAUAAAAGUAAUAUACCAAUUAAAUUAGAUAAAAAUGAAGUCAUAAAACAAGAAGUAAAAGAAGAUAUGGAAUUUCAUAAUGGUGACGCAAACCAUUAUGACGAUAACUCUUUCGAAUUAAUAGAAAAAGAAGAAAAAAUUACGUUUGAGAUUGAAAUAGACAAACCGCUAAUGAAAAGUCCUAAAUUAGAGAAAUUAAACUGUAACAAGAAAGCAUACAGGUGCCACAGAUGUGAUAUAAAGUUUGAUAAUGUCACUGAAUGGAAAUUUCAUAGGAAAAUACAUUCUGGAAGUCAAGGUGAAGAAAUACAAUACCAGUGUUCUAUGUGCAAUAGGAAAUUUUCAAGGAAAUCAUCACUCACCAACCAUUUGAGACAUCAUCAAGUAAAGGACAGUGUUAUGUUCACAUGUGUGACUUGUAAACGUGAAUUCAAGCACCAGGCACAUUUGGACAAUCAUAUAUUAUCUGUGCAUACGCGCAAUGAAGGGUUUACUUGUACGUACUGCACUACAAGUUUUACAAAUAAAGAAAGUUUAGAGUUGCACUUGGAAAGUCAUAAAACAGAGAAAAAACACCAAUGUAAGAUUUGUAGUAAGUCAUUCUACAUGCAAUCUACUCUUACGGACCAUAUGCGGACUCACACGGGUGAGAAACCAUACCUCUGUUCGAUAUGCGGAAAAGGUUUUAGUCAGAACAACAAUUUGCAGCAGCAUGUGAUGAGGCAUCAGGGCCACAAGCCAUUCAAAUGUGAAGAUUGUGAAAGAAGCUUUGUAACCAAAGGCGAGUUGCAAGCGCACAAAAGGAAACACAGCGGUGCGCAUCCUUUCGUUUGCGACGACUGUGGAAACGGUUUCACCACGUCCAGCUCAUUGGUCAAACAUCGCCGGAUACACACUGGUGAGCGACCGUACCCAUGCGAAUUCUGCCCCAUGAGGUUCAAAGCGUCGAGUACAUUGAAAAACCAUAGAAGAACACAUACAGGGGAGAAGCCAUACCAGUGUUCGCAUUGCGAGAAGGCAUUCGUGCAACGAAACGACCUAGUCAGUCAUAUAAGAUGUCACACGGGCGAAAGACCAUAUGUUUGUACCACAUGCGGCCAGGCGUAUAGAAAGGCGUCCAGUUUGAAAGUACACGUCAAAGUGCAUAAUAAAGAGAAAGAUAUAAAUUUGUCUAUACUGCACGAUAUGUCGGUUGUGUAGCUUUGCCCAGAUUCGAGUUUGAUUUACUUUAGUGUGUUCAUAGCAAUAAAAAACAUUUCGCAUCUCUAAUCAUUGGGACCAAAACAGGUUUUUAUUUUGCUCGCGGAACUUUUUUUGUUCAAAAUGGAGUAGAUUGUUUUUUUUUUAAAGUUUGUUACUUCAUAACUCUAUUGUUGGGUAAUGAGAAGGAAAGACAAAUGUGAUUCUAGUAGUCCCCGCGUGUAGGUCUACGUGAUGCGCGUAAAUCUCACCUGAUUACACUACGCGUUUAGGUUUAUCCAGAUCUUUAUAAGAUUUGAUCUUAUAUAUAUAUAUAAUGCGACAGAUUUUGUAGCUAUCUACUCCCAAAUGUGAUCCCAGAAUUGAUCGGAAAUAUGGAUAGGUCUAAGAACAAGGAAUUACAUAGAAGGAACUUUAAAGCAUAUGGUUGCCUCCUUUCUUUUCAUGCAAUGUCAAUUAUUUAUCAAUGACAAAUUUUACAAUACUAGAUUAUUUUGUUUAAAAAAUUUAACUACUGAAUCCAAUUCAAAACAAAAAAAAAAUUUGCUAUAAAAGAUAUAUAAUAUGUUGACACUCACGUGAGUGGCCAAUGAAAUAAUUUUUAUCAACAAUUUCUAUAUCUACUGCAUAAUAUUUUGUAGAAUAAUAUUAUGUAAUAGGUAAUCAUCGUCCCACCCUUAUCCCACUUAUUAUGGGGUCGGCGUAAUAUGUUUUUUGUCCAUGUUACAAAAAGAUUUGGCUUAUAGUUUUACGACCGGCCGCCUGCCUGACGUCAACCCUCUUUGGGAAUUAAAAAGUUAAAAUUAUAAAAAAAAAUCCAAACACUAGUAGGUUAUUUAAAAAAAAAAAACUUACUUCAAUUGUGGCAAUACCAGUUG